AUGAUGAUGAUCUUCUCAUGUACGCUCGGGAGGCUAAACGCCCCUUUCAGCUCUUCGCCAUCUAAUUGGAGUUACCUCUCCAAAUUUGAAGGUUAUUACGCGCAUCCCUUUAACCCAAGACGCCUCAGCGAGUGCAUAUCAGAUUAUGAGUUACUUUUGUGUUGGAUGAAAGCCUGGCUUCGAGAACGAAUCUCAUCCAUCUUUGGAUGGAAAAAUCCAAGAUGUUUAUUCAUUCAUCCUCGAAGAUCUCAAGGUGUUCAUGAAAGCAGAACUGGAUAA